AUGAGCCACACGGAUAAAACACGCCUCGUCAUUGUUGGCGGAGGAGCGGCGGGCGUUCUGCUCGCCAUGAAACUGGUCUCGGAAAAGUCACUAAGUAUCACCCUUAUCGAUGGCAAGACCUUUUACGAAUAUACCCCUGCACUAUGCUCAGUGUUGUACGAACCUACGGAUGAAAUGUUUCGACAACACUUUGACGCUGUUACUGUGCCGUAUGAAAACCUGUUACCGCCUCUAGGAAUCGAGUUUAAGCUGGGAAUUGUUCGCGAUAUACAGCAUGAUGAAGUAUUAUUGCAAGAUCAGUCGAGUAUACCGUAUGACUAUGCUGUCAUUUGCACUGGAUCAAGCUAUCAAGAACCGUGGAAAAUCAAGAGUAAUGGUCAUGAAAUCGUGCAGUUGGAAGACCGACUUCGUUACCUCACAGAACAACGGCAGCGCUACCAGGACGCUGAACGCAUUCUGUGCAUUGGUGGGGGACCCGUUGGUGUGGAAUUGGUGGCCGAAAUCGCCAAUCGAUCUCCCGAGAAACAAGUGAGUCUCGUCAGUGCCACGGAUCAAGUGCUCAGUGGCAGUCCCGGAAAGAUGAGCUACUAUGCGCAAAAAAUAUUACAUCAUUAUGAACAGAUCCAACUCAUCACGGGGGAAAUGGCGGAACCGGUGGACAAUGGCAAUAGUUCACGGCAGUGCUACAUGACGAAAAAAUCAGGCACCCGGAUCGAAGCGGAUCUUGUGUACAUGGCCACAGGGAUCCAGCCCAAUACGGCCUUUUUGAAGGAGUCACACGGAGACUGGUUAAAUGACAAGGGCCAUAUUCAAGUCGACAGUUAUCUUCGCGUGAAUCACACCGCCAAUCUCUUUGCCAUAGGCGAUGCCAAUGCGCUUGACGAACCCAAAAUGUUUUACACCGCCCACAUGCAAGCCAUCCAUUGUGCUCACAACCUCCAACGUCUUUUACAAAAACAGCCGCUGCGCGAAUACAAGGGAUCACGCAAAGCCAUGAUCACCUCCAUGGGCCCCGAUUACGGGUUAGCUUACGUCUCGGCAGGCGUGCUUCUUCGAGGCUGGCCAUUCACUACUAACAAAGGAAGUAAACUGGCGGCAUUGGAAAAACAUGCUAUCGAACGUAUUACGAUGAAUGACUGGCAUCUCAAGAAACCAGUGAAUGAUAUGCUGUAUUAUGCGCACGAAAAGGGCCACUUCAUGUCCCGUGUUCUUAUGCUAAUAUCCAUGGGAAAAAUUCAAUAA